CAAUCAGCGCCCUCGUUACCGGUGAAGAGUCGAGCCAAAACUUUGUGUAAAACAGAAAAGUUAAUUUCGUCUUAAAAUAACGACAGCAAAACUCAAACUUACGAAUGAAGUAGAGACUUAAAGUGACACUUCACAAAUGGCUCGGAAUAAGGACAAAUGGAGCUACAGGCACAUCGCAGCAGGGAUGGUCCCGGCCGUUACCAUAGCACCCAGGCCCGCGGUCCCUCUUACUCCACCUCCUCACACCCAAGAACCAUCUCAAGAACAUCCAAAGUCGGCGCUGGCGGCUGCGGUGCUGGUGAGCUCACUCGCUGGGCGUGUGCACGCCAUCCCCACGCGGAACCUGCCCUUGUCGCGGCCCAGCUCCUUCUCUGUCUCUGACACGAACAGCUUUCGCUCCGGGAUACUCGAAUUGCACCAUGAACGUGCAAAUGGAGGCGGCGAUUGCAUGGGGAAUGGAAGGCUGCCCUUGGCAGAGGUGGCCUACGAACCCAUGUACGAGUCCUGCACGGAGAGACAUGACAGUGCGCACAGCUUAACAGAGGACGGAUGCUCCAGUGAUGUGCUGGGAGAGGACGAGGAGGAGGAAGAGGAGGGGGAAGAAGAGGAGCAAGCAGAAUCGCUGACUUUCGGAAAAGACUAUGAGCAAAAAACAAAAUAUGCCAGGGGGGAUUGCGAGACUAAAAAGCCAUAUAGUUUAUUGAAGACAAAAACAGUAGAGGGCGCGCCUCUUGGAGAGAGCAGCGACCUCACGGAUGUGACGUCGUUGGACGAAACCGCGCGGCUGUCCUCCCCUCGGCCCCCAAAGCUGUGUACGCCUUCAGAUGCAGAGUGGAGUCGCCUGGGAAGAAGGCCCAAGAUUUUUUCAGGAGAGGAUAAAGAGGCUGUCUGCUUGUCAGUGUCAAACAGACCAAUGCCUCAUUUCAGUCAGAGUUCAAACAGAGAGAGGAUGCCUGCCUCUAGAAGCCAGUCGUUGAGGGUCAAGGGAGAAAAAUCGACCGAUCAGGUGCUUACACACCCCACAGCGAGCAAGCGGAACCCCACGCUGGCGAUGUUCAAUGAGCUGAAGUCGCGGCUCGACGUGCUCGCGGCCGAAAACCGAUCACUCACCAGGCAGCUGCGGGUGGCCGGCGACCAUAACCAGUCCCUGGCGGCGCACAAUGGCACGCUGUUGAGCGAGAACCAGUCGCUGGCGCGGGAACGACAGCAGGAGCAAACAGAUGAGCUGGCGGAGCUGAGACGCGAAGCCCAGGAGUUGGUGGACGAGAACGACGAGCUCAAGGCAACAAUCCACCGUCUGAGCACGGAGCUGAGUCGAAUGCAAGCUGAACGGGGGCCGAGGCUCAGAAAUAAGGGUACACAAACUGGAGUCAUUCCCAUGUCCGGCUCAACUCCACCUUUGUCGACAGACACGCGCCGCCUCUCUCCCCUGCUGGCAGCCUACGAGGAGAGACUCGUCGAGAAAGAUGACAUAGUACGCGAGUGCAAGGAGGCACUGCAGACGCUGAAGGAACAAAUGAACGUGGUGGCCAAGGAGAAUGAGCAAUUACACCAAGAGUUGGUGACGUCAAAAGCAGCAGCGGGAAAGGAAUGGAAGCUCGUGCAGGAGCAAGGCAGGCUUGUGCUGGAAGAAAACCAGGUCCUCCUGCAGCAGCUCGAUCUGCAAAAAGCCAAGCUCAAAGACUCGCAGGGCGCACAUAAGCAGGAAGUGUCAAAGUUGAUGAAGCGGUUGGAGAGGAUGGAGGCGCAAAAGCGAGAGGCGCUGGACCAGCUGACAGACGCGCGGGUGGCCCUGGGGUCCUUGCAGGAGCGCCAUCGACAACUGCAGGAGGCGGAGGAAGUCAAAGUUGGGCGGGAGGAACACCUGGCGGCUAUUUCAGACUUGCAGAGGCGUGCACAGGAGCAACACGAUCACAGCUGCACUCAGCUGCAAGGGUUGCGAGAGCAACUCGCAGCGUGUCAGGAGGACAAGCGUGUGGCGGUACAGGACAAGUGUCGCCUGGAGGCCCGCUUGAGUGUGCUCGAUUCGCAGCUCGAAGCUGCCAAGAAAACCACCAGGCGCUACCAGCGGGGCAUGGCGACGCUAAAGCAGAAGCUAGAGGAAUCGAUGGGAAAGGAGAAUCUGGCUAGCCGGUACCUCAACAACGUCCUGGGUCUCGCGGAACAAGUCGUCAAGGAGAGGGACGAACUGCAGCUUCUGACUGAAACCCUGCAGUUGGAAAAGGAGGGGGUCUUGAACAGGGUGCUGGAGGGCAACGCUCAACUUGUUAAACUCCACGACAAAGUCAAGGUGUACAGGGCGCGUGCGGCACGGGCCAUUGCGGAGGUCGCAGGCCGCUCGCAGGACGCGCAGGCCGGCUGGGCGGGCCGCAGUGAACGCUACGACGGAGAGAUCCGCCACCUGCGCCAGAUGCUGAGCGACAAGCAGGGCGCCGUCGAGACUUUGGCCGGGGAGAAGAGGCAGGUGGAGGCGCAGCUGGAGAUCGUGUGGGAGUCGACGAGCCGCGAGAACGAGCGCAUGCGGCGCACGCUCCGCGAGACCCUGACGACGUCGGCCGGCUCGCCGGGCCAUCGCGUCGGAGCCGCCGACCCCUCCGGCACGGUCGGCCGUCGGGACGCCGACUUGGCCGGCGCCGGCGAUAACCGCUGCCUGACAUACUACGAUCUCGACACUAGCCGCAGUAACGGCGCCGCCUGCCAUACGGGGGGGCCCACUCAGAGCCUGGCAAUGGAACUCGCACGGCUGCACUGUUCCGCCAGCGGGAUCUUGAGUUCAAGCGCCGGAGAGGGGUCAAGGCUUUCGGCAGCUUGACGGCAAUUUGGAAAAGACACGGAGCAACGUCGCCCUCUGCUCGCAGACUAAUGCCCACUUCCAGGCUGGUGCUCCCUUCACCUUGUGCUGCUCAGGGAUAGGUGCCCACCAGGGGUUAUACCGCACCUAUCACUGCAUGGGAUGUGCGGUAUAAAUAUUAAGUGGUGAUGAUAAAGAUUGUCGAUGUUUACCUGUAGCCACAGUGACGUCACUGCCAUCCUUACAUUUGUGUUGUUUUGUGUGUGGAUCGUCAGGCCUGGUGGCGCAGUGGUUUUAACACUCGAGUUUGAUAUAAUUGGUACUGCAUUGGAGACCAACAGUGGUUUUCCUGUGCAAUGAAUUGGCCCUUACCGGAGGAAUGUGGAAUAUUCUAUACUGGUUCAGGAAUAUCACAGGAGAUAAGCACCUCCUGCCUUCGCUGGCUUUAGCAGAGACAAUUUGACUUUGCGUGCACCCAGUGUAUGAUGGUGCCAUACGCACCUCGUAUGACUCUAAUUUUUACGAAAAAAAUUAUUUUCUUUUCUUUUACUAGGUUAGGCCCGCCUCGUAUGACUCCAAUUUUUACGAAAAAAUGUAUUUUCUUUUCUUUUACUAGGUUAGGCCCGCCGAGUUUCUUCAAAAGGAUGUAUUCGGGUGUUGCGUGCCGACAAUCGUUAGCUCUGCUGCCGCAUGGCGUUUUGUCCAAGCAACUUAACCAAAUGCUCAGAAUGCGCAGGGAUUGAGUGCGCGAAUCCACCUCAACUUCACCAAACGAGUCCCACCCACUCAACCUUUUUACCUCUUUAACACCUCGUUAAGAAAACUGUCUUCGAAACAUCGGUGUAAAUUUCAAUUUUAAAAGACUACGCCGCCGGUGGUGGUUGUGAGUGGCUGGGAGACAGCUGAUGGUGUAUGUCAAUAGCACAAAUACGUGUAGUUAAGUAUUAUACAGUGUUACUAUUGGUCAUUUAAGGUUACGGCGAUUCGUGCCUUAAAAUCGUUUUUUACGCUGACGAUACACGCAUCGUAUUGCGCGUGUAAAAAUCGAAGUUUAUUUUGUUUGAGGGGCCGUCCAUAAAUGACGUCACGCACCU